AUGACUGUGCACAGCCUCAAGAGCUCUCUGGGCUUGCAGCUACUGGACAGGAAGACAGAGGCCUCCGUGGAGAUGUCACAUAGCAUCACGGUGGGGGCUGCUGGGUGGGGACACAGAAGCUCCUCCUCUGCUGCAUUCUGCAGGACAGAGAGCUGGGAGCACCUCCUGCACUGCCUCACCAUGGGCACCAGCCUGCCGUCCUGCGUGUCCCUGUGUCUCCUGGGGAUGGCACUCACAGAAGCUGGGGUCACUCAGUCUCCCAGAUACAAGGUCACAGAGAAAAGCCAAGCUGUGUCUCUUUGGUGUGACCCAGUUCCUGGUCACAAUGCCCUCUUCUGGUACAGGCAGAGCCCGGGACAGGGCCCAGAGAGGCUGCUUUAUUUUCAGAACAAGGCUAUGAGUGAGGAUGCCCAGUUGCCCAAAGAUCGGUUUUCUGCACAGAGGCCUGAAGGUGCAGACUCCACCCUGAAGAUUCAGCCUGCACAGCUGGAGGACUCAGCGGUGUAUCUCUGUGCCAGCAGCUUAGACACAGCCAGGCAGGGACCGUUUCCUGCUGUGCACAAAGCUCUGUGCUUCUCUGCCUCUGUGCAGCUCAGAGCUGCCCUGCACAGGGCCUGUGUGGUGCAUGCUGGGGUCCUCCAGUCCCCCAGACACCUGAUCAAAGCCAAGGGAGGAAAGGCCACUCUGCAGUGCUCUCCUGACUCUGGACAUGAUACUGUAUACUGGUACCAGCAGGCCGAGGACAAGAGCCUCCAGCUCCUCAUUUCCUAUUUUCAAGAGUCAGAAAGAGAUAAAGGAAGCAUCCCUGGCCGCUUCUCAGCUCGGCAGUUCAGUGACUAUCACUCUGAGCUGAACAUGAGCGCCUUGGAGCUGAGGGACUCCGCGCUGUAUCUGUGUACCAGCAGCUUGCACAGCCCUGCACAGGGACUGGCUUUCUCUACCCAAACCUUCCUGCCCCAGCUGAAGAUGUCACUGAGGGGGGUGUGGUCCGAUUCUGUAUUCCUCCUCACUAGACCAAGAGGGCAGCAAUGUCAUCAAGAUUCAGUCCCCUUGUGUGGUCGCAGGACGGAGAGCUCACAGCCGGUCAUGGCCUACCUGGAAAAUGAUAACAGGAGGCUGGUAGACAUGGGACUCUGCCCUGCUCCUGAGAUGGGCACCCAGCUCCUGCACAUGGCCUUCUGUCUCCUGUGGGCAGGACACAUGGAGGCUGCCAUCACCCAACGUCCAAGACACAAGCUCACAGAGACAGGAAGACAGGUGAAUUUGAGCUGUCAUAACUACAUGUACUGGUAUCGACAAGACCCUGGGCAUGGGCUGAGGCUGCUCCAUUACUCAAAUGGAGAGAGAAGCACUGCAAAAGGAGACAUCCCCGAUGGGUACAGCGUGUCCAGACCACGCACGGAGGAGUUCUCCCUCACUGUGGACUCAGCCACCCCCUCCCACACAGCUGUGUACUGGUGUGCCAGCAGUUUCUCCACAGUGCUGCAGGGCUGCCUCCUCUCUGCACAGAAAGUGACAGAGAGCUGGGAGCACCUCCUGCACUGCCUCACCAUGGGCACCAGCCUGCCGUCCUGCGUGUCCCUGUGUCUCCUGGGGAUGGCACUCACAGAAGCUGGGGUCACUCAGUCUCCCAGAUACAAGGUCACCGAGAAAAGCCAAGCUGUGUCUCUUUGGUGUGAUCCAGUUUCUGGUCACAAUGUCCUCUUCUGGUAUAGGCAGAUCCCGGGACAGGGCCCAGAGAGGCUGCUUCAUUUUCAGAAUAAGGCUAUGAGUGAGGACACCCAGUUGCCCAAAGAUCGGUUUUCUGCACAGAGGCCUGAAGGUGCAGACUCCACCCUGAAGAUUCAGCCUGCACAGCUGGAGGACUCAGCGGUGUAUCUCUGUGCCAGCAGCUUAGACACAGCCAGGCAGGGACCGUUUCCUGCUGUGCACAAAGCUCUGUGCUUCUCUGGCUCUGUGCAGCUCAGAGCUGCCCUGCACAGGGCCUGUGCUUUCCUCACCAUCUGA